GUCUGCCUAAGGAAAUCUUAAAAUUUUCCCUAAAGAAAUCAAACAAAUAAGUUGAACUAAUUCAGUUAUUAAACUAAUGAGAAACGGCUUUAAAAGCUCUCUGGGAAUUUUACCAAUAAGCUAAACCCCAUGAUGAAUCACUUGAUUUCAGUUCCUGAUAAUAAUCAUAAAUUAUUGGUCUUAUUAAACUCUUUAGUAAUCUUUCCUAUAAUAAAUCAUCUAUCCUGCCAUUGUAAACAAGUUCAUAGAGCUUGGGCUAGUUUAAAUUAGCUAAGUUUCUAACCCUUUUAGGACCUUAAUAGGCUACCUUGAUACUGACAAUAUUAACAAUUAAAUAAGAAAAAUACUAAUUUUGAUCGAUGAAUUUACUGAAAAAUUAGUCAAGAUCUAUAAUGGAGAUAAUGGAGUCGAGGUCUUACAAAUGCGUUCAACUUAGCUACUAGUAAACUCUAGUGGUACAUCAAUUUAAAACUCAUUAUUAAUCUGCUAAUAGAACCUUAUGCAUAAAUACUGCAAUAAAAAUGAAGGUGACGCUCUUUAAUAGAAUUGCCAGAAAUUAAAGACUAUAACUCAGAAUGCAGUCUAGCAUCUAUGCUACUUUACUACAUUUAAGUUCAUUCGUACGAUUGCUUCAAGAGACGAGGCCAAGAUGAUCAGUCAGACCAGCUAUUGAUGUAAGAACGGCACUUAAUAAUGAAGAAAUUAAAGAAGGUAUUUCCAAGAGUUUACUAUUAAUAUUUCUUGUAGAUUAUAGAAGUAAUUUAGUAAUUAUGCUACCAAGACUGGUGAUCAAGUAUUGUGAUUAAACUUCAUAAAGAAGCUAAAAUUCUUCAGACUAUCCCCUUUUUAUGCUACUAAAUGUUUUAUUUGGGCAAUCAUGACUCCCUUCUUUGCUAAGUGAGAUAGAUCAUCUUAAAUACGUUUGCUUAGCAGUUU